AUGUCGGCUCCAAUCGAACAAUCCAUCUACUUGAGAGACACGAACCAGAACGUCGUCAUAGACGUCACCGUUUCGGGCGCUCAAAGCUUCACGUUUACGCUUGUUACCGGACAGUAUUUGAAUCAGCACCCGCCGGCUGAGCUCAACUUUCAUCCUGUUGUCUUCCAAAAUGUCGACUUCCUCGACAUCCACAACCAUGGGCAUGAUUUCGUACAGGCACCGAUCCGUAAUCUGGAGGAGCUCCAGUACGAGCCAGUCGACGUUCCGAACUUGAACAUGCAGCUGGGUGUGCCCGCUGUGCCCGCCGUACCGGCAGUCCCCGCUAUUCCCGCCAUUCCAGGCUUCCCAGGCUUCCCAGGCUUUCCAGGCUUUCCUGGUAUUCCUGAUAUUCCUGCUGUUCCUGCUGUUCCUGCUGUUCCCGCUAUUCCAGCCAUUCCCGCUGUGCCCGCUCUCUAUCUCCCAGAUGAAGACGUCUCAGAAGAACCCACCGUCGUCCGUCAUCCCCAACCCAAGAGGAAGAUCCCGCGGGCCUCCAAAGCCGCCAGAUCUCAAGCCUGGAAAGCACUGAUGAGAAAGUGGGAGAUUUCCACCAUCACGCGCAUGGCCCUCCGCCGCCGCAAGCAUGGCUCUAGCUCGCGAUUCCGCAAGCCGUCCAAGCUCCGUCGCCAGUCGCCCACGCCUACCGCUGCUAUGCCCGCCGCUGCUAUGGGAACGGCCCAGAACUCGAUUGAGCCUACGAUCAAGAUGGAGGAGGAGGAGGAGUAG